AUGCGCGUCGUCAUCAACACGCUGCUUGGCGGUGCCUUCAGCAUGCUCUUGCAGCCAGACAUUACGGUGUCACAAGUGAAGGAGUUGAUUGCGGUGAUCCAGGAGAUACCCGUGCCGCAACAAUCGCUCAUCUUCCGCGAUGCCGCGCUCUCGGAUACACAGACCCUUCGCAGUGCAGGCGUCAAUGAUGGCGAUGCACUCACCCUCGUCCUCUCCGUCAACACUGCCGUCACAAACGCACACCUCCCGCCAGAUAUUACGACAUCCUAUUACGACUCGCAGGCAGAGUCUGACAUGCUGCGCUUGCUCGACCUUGAUGAGGAAGCGUACCUGCACCUGCUGGCAUCACUUGCAGACGACAACGCCCAACUCCUUUUCUACCACGACACAGACGGCCUCUCUGUCUACCAGCUGCCAUCUCGGAGCACGAGUCGCAACCAGCACCUGCACAGCCGCGACACGCCCCCAGCAGACCCGCUCGACCCGCACGGGUGGCGGCGCGCAUCGAAGCAGCUGGCACGACGGCUUGAUCGCCUGCAGGAGAACACGCGCCAUCGCCUGCGCAUGGCUGAGCUUCGCAUGCGCAUGAACGAGAAAAAGCAGAGGCGCAAGCACAAGAAGCACCGCACAACGAUGACAGCGGCUGCUGAUGGUGAGGGUGAAGGUGCCGGUGAUGGCGUCACGACGGCGGGCUGUGCCAGUGACAGUCAACAUCACCACCAUCAUCACCACCUUCAUCGCCACUCGGCCUCACCAGAGGCAACUGCGGCGUGUGCAAACGUUGGCAGCGCAGAUAUGUCAGCACUACCACCGACGCAGGAUCCAGAAAGCGCUUACGCUGGUCCCGAAUCUGCACAGAGCAACCGAUCCUCAGCCCUACCACACGCCUGCCUGUACUAUCACCACCACCAACAACAACAGCAACAACAACAACAUCAACAACGGCACGAUAACCACCAGCAAGAACACGCGCCGGUCCAGCAGCACCAACACCAACACAGGCGCGCCAUGUCCAUGACAUGUUCACUGCCAUACCCAACACCGGGGUCUUCGGCAACAGCGCCUACAACGGCGGCGACCAACCACAAACCAUCGCCAAUGAUACCGGGGCGAACAGGACGCAAACCACACGCGUCCAUCAGCCAGCAGGUGUCCCGCACAUCAACUGCAGCAGCACCUGCACACGGCGAGCUGGGCCUCUCUGGCUAUCGCCAUCGCUCACCGCCGUCGACGCAACAGCGCCCGCGGUCCCCAGACGUCCCACCCCACCAGCGCGUCGUGUCCCGCUCGUGGAUUGACAGCUUGCACGUGCCCCAGGCGUCCAUGACACCGAGCCCCAUCUCCAUGCAGUAUCUGCACAUGUAUUCAUCAGCAGCGCCAUCGGUGGCGUGCUCGCGUGCACACACGCGCGAAGGCAACAGCAACCUUGUUCGCCCUCUGCCGUGCAAGCACGAGCCUCAACCACCACUACCACCCUCCUCCUCAUCGACACGUGCAGCAGCGGCAGCGGCGACGCACUACACCUCUGCUGGAGUAGAUGGCGUGCGGACACCUUGCGGCCAACACGCGUGUGAACACCAUCCCACGCAUUGCUGCCACUGUGAGUGUGCCCGUCACCCUUCCAUCGCAUCAAGUGCGGCGUGCUCGCGUGCGGGUGGCGCUCGACGCAGCGGUCUGUCCGAUGCGCGCCAUCAAUAUGGCACCACGCUGCACGGCUUUGUUGAGGAGGUUGAGCUUGCCGAUGACGCACACAAUGACGGCAACUGCAAUCGCCACGAUUAUGAUGACGACGAUGCUGAUGAUUGCGAUGAUUAUGGUGAUUACGGUGGUGUUGAUGGCAGGCAUGCAGGCGUGCAAUACCCAUACGAUUAUGUUGAUGAAUGCGAUGAUGAUGAUGACGACGACGACGACGACGAUGAUGAUGAUGAUGAUGAUGAUGAUGAUGAUGAUGAUGAUGAUGAUGAUGAUGAUGAUGAUGAUGAUGAUGAUGAUGAUGAGAGAGUCGACGCUGAGUAUCAAGACGAGGACGACACUGCAAUGAGUGACGGCGCACUGUGUUGUGCAGGGGCCCGCCGCGGCGAUGAUGGUGGAGAGGAUGAGAUGCACAUGUACUGUGCUGGUCCUCGGCCGUGGGAUCGCGCCAUCCUGCAGUCGCAUUUCUCGCCGCUCAGCAGAGGCGGUCGCGCUGCCCUCACCAGUGCCGACCACCGCCACUACCACAGUCACCACAGUCACCACCACGUCCAGUCUGAGCAGCACGUGCACACGGCAACACCUGCACCCCACGUGACUGCACGGAUGGACACGGAUCACGAUGCACCACCAGCCAUAACGCAGCAACAGCAGCAGCAGCAGCAGCAGCAGCAACAGCAACAGCAACAGCAACAGCAACAGCAGCUACCGCCAGAAUCACACACGUUACCCUCGCCCCCGGCAUCGCAAUCACGCCUGCAUUCCGCGUCCUCCUCCUCCUCCUCCUCCUCCUCCUCCUUCUUCUCCCCAUCCUCAUCCUCCAAGCGCCUGUCCAUCACGCAGCGCCCGGGCAGCCACCGCCGUCGCCACUCCUCCUCAAACGCGCAGGAGGACGUCGAUGCGAACGGCGCCGCGCUGCCGGCCAUGCAGGCGCGUGCGCACGUGUCCGCUGGAAUUCUGGUCCACCCUCCCAAGCGCAAGCCCGUGCCCCCUUCCAUGUCGGAUCUCGUCGCGCGACACCAGCAACACCAAAGGCAGCAGCAGCAACAGGAAGCGGCUGCAUCUUAUCACCGUCGACCGCACCAUCACCCGUCACAGUCGCACAAGCUGCCACCCCAGCACGCCAGCAAUACUGCGGGCAACGGGCGCGUGUUCCCUCCACCGCGCCUCCUCUCCCCUGUGAAGGGCGUGCACACCCCUGCAACCACCACAGCGCCAUCGCCUGCGCCGGGCACGCGAAGAUCGAGUGCGAGCAAGAGCGGGCGGCGGCGUGUGCGACACCUGCCGCGUCCACCACAGCCUGGCCCAGCAUCCUCAUCGCAGUCGUCAUCGACAGCCGGAACUGCGGCGCCAUCGCCAAAACUGCCUGCCCUCCUGCCAUCCAGACCGCACCAUCAAGGUGGUAAUGGUGGUGGUGGUGGUGGUGGUGACGAUGGUGUGGGUAUGCGUGGUGGGCACUGGCACAGACGCUUCAAUCUGCAAUCGUCACACACGGAGCCGCACCCCCAACAGCACCAGCCUUACCGUCAACAGCAGCAGCAGCAGCGACAACAACAAUAUGGUGACCCCGCUUUGCCAGACAUGCUGCGCGCGCCGCCGCAGCCAGGAACAUGUGAGCGGGGCCUGCCGCCUCUGCCGUCCCUCCAACACCCGCCAUCGCGCCAGCAGCACCAACAGCACUUCCAGCAUCCAGCGCGUCGAAAGCGGUCUCUGUCGUCGUGGUGUGUGGCGCAGGCAACGCAGCAUGGCGUGAACGGCCGUGACAGCGGUGAGGCGCCUCACACGCGUGCAUCCCUUGCACCUGGGAUGCCUGCCAGCAUGCAUCACCAACACCCGCUCUCUGCCAAGUCUGAGGGGGCCGCUGUUGCCGCCGCAAUGCCAUCGUCAUCGUCAUCUUCGCGUGCACAGCAGCAGCAGCGGCAGCAACACGGGUUCCGCCAGCAAGAGCAUCAUCAUGUUGCCAGCAAGGCGUCGGCUGCGACAGAAGGGAAGAAAGGCAAAAAGCGCAAGGCGGGCCUGCGGUGUGAGUGGUGCAAUGCCAAGCUCAAGUUUCCCUACACCUGUCGGUGUGAGGGCCAGUUUUGUGCAAAGUGCAGAUACAGUGAUAAGCACGACUGUUCCUUCGACUACCAAAAACAAGCCAAGGAGCAACUCAAGAAUUCGCUGGCCACCUGUGUCUCACCGCGUGUUCCUGGCAUUUGACCGUGCGACGCCGUGCGUGAACCGAAAGCAAGACCCUACUGCGUGUUACCGUCCGUUUCAAGUGUUUGCUUCUGUCCCCUCCCUUAAACGUAUGAGCGGGUGUGCUGUAUUGUUACAUGGAUAUGCAUGGAUUCUGUGUUGCGUACGUUGUGUAUGUGCUGCGGCUGCUUGCGAGUAGUAGCGAUGUUGGGAGCGCAAUUGCUUUCGCAUGCCGUUUGUAUUGCGUUGUUUGUGAUGACCACGACGGCCCACGCUGGUCGUCGUGAUACAAUAAAGCCGUU